GUUACCCUCGCACCCCACCCCCACCUCUGCAGCUGUCAUGGCGGCCUGGCGGUUAAGUUUGUGCGCCCGCAGUCUUUCGGCAGUUCGAAGGCUCCAGACUACCACCCACCUUCGCUGGAAAUCGAGCUCCUCUAGGGCUGUGAUCGCCCAGUCUUCUGUGGAGCGAAUGGAGCGGAGAGAACCGAGUGUGGACUGGAUGGAGGACCCAGACCCCGAGGACGAAAACAUCUACUUGAAGAACCCCAACUACCACGGAUAUGACGAUGACCCUGUGGUGGACGAAUGGAAUAUGCAAGCCGUCUUCUUCUUUGGGUUUUCCAUCGUCCUGGUCUUCGGUACCACCUUUGUGUCUUAUGUCCCCGACUACCGGAUGGUCAAGUGGGCCCGCCAGGAAGCCGGGAUGCUCGUGAAACACCGAGAAGCCAAUGGCCUCCCCAUCAUGGAAUCCAACUGUUUUGACCCCAGAAAAGUCCAGCUGCCGGAAGAUGACUGAUGAUGUCAUCUUCAUCAGUGGGAUAAACCCUGUCCUGGGUCUAGAAGGAUGGAGGUCGCAGAGCCUAAGGAUGAAAAUGUCGACUCGAAGAACCCCGACUUCCAUGGUUAUGACGAUGACCCCGUAGAGGACACCUGGAAUAUGCAAGCCAGCCGUCUUCUUCCAUCAGAGGUCCACCUCUGGGCCUGCGCCUGUGUCCUGUCCACUUUCUGAGCCCUGGCUCACAGAGGCACAGCUGUCUCUCUCCCCCUUUUCUUUCUUUGGAAUACUUCCAAUACCUGGGCUUUUUUUUUCUCUUUUUGAUGUUCCGGGGUUUUGUUCUUCCUUUACAUCUCCCCCUCCCCUGCUUCCGUCACGGGGCUGCUCAGUCAACCUCCGUGACUAACCUCCAUGCCUAACUCAAAAGGCAUGGCUUCCUCUUCCUCUUCUGUUUUUCUUCUGGUGUCUGUCAGGAGGUUCAGGUUUCUUGCCCUGCUAUUUUUCUUUGAAACGAUAACAAAAAUUGUUCUUAAGGUUCUCUCUGA